AAAUAAAAAACUAUCAAAAAAUAAAUAAAUAAAACAAAAAUAGGUGUCACCCUCCCACCACCCACAUUUAAUUUAUGAACGAGAGCGUCUGUUGCAGUGCUUCUGUAAAUGUACUACUGCAUGUCUAAACAAGUACAGUCAAAGGUUUUGGAAAUGUCUUCUGUCGUUGCUUCCUCCAAUCAUCCUAUUUUGCACACACCCCCCUGCAGGGAUUAUAUUUCUUUCGUUUUCAUUUCCCGGAAGGGUCCAUUGUGAAAAUAGUAGCGUUUAAAAAAAAUCUUCGAGAGUAUUCGUUUAAAAGUGAGUUUUGUUUGAGACGUGAUCCGAAGUUUUUUUUUCAUUCGUUUUUUUAAAAAACCUGCUCGUCUGCUUAUGAGGAAAUCACUCUAUUUUCUGUGCAGUCGAGCAGAUUAAAGGACAUUUCCAUGGAGAGCAUUUCCCCGUCACCUUUGAUCAAGCAAGAAAACAGUCCUCCAUCGAUUAUACGUGAAAAGCAAGUCAACAUUCAUCCCACUGUGCAUCACUCCCCACCUACCCAAGAUCCUUUGGUUAGUCCUCCCACUCAAGAAGACUUGUGGCAUCUGCCUGGAAGGCUGAGAAUUAACCCAUCCCUGUGGGAUAAGGAUGACGUAUCCCUGUGGCUCCACUGGGCUCAGAAGGAGUACUCGCUGCGCCGGCCGGAGAAGGGGCGAUUUGAGAUGAACGGCAGAGCCUUGUGCCUCCUCACUAAGGAGGACUUCAGGCGCCGCUGCCCCAGCUCAGGUGAUGUUCUGUAUGAGAUCCUUCAGUGUGUGAAGCAGCAGAGGAGGAGUGUGGUAUGCGACCCGCCUAACACAACUCCUCCCGUGGCAGCUGGACACCUUCAGGGUCCGGUCGGCUGCCAGGUAAUCGCUCACACAGUCCAAGAGCCACAGUCUCCCAAAGUCAUUGGAACCCCGGUGUUGGCUGCUGUCGGAGCCACUGUAAACAGCCAGCCAAAAUCAGUGUCACCCCUUACAGAUCGCCCCAUCUGUUACACUUUGUCUGCGCCACUCACACAAAAUAACGGAUCAGCGGGUACCUCCACACUGCACCACAAUCAGGAUGAGCGUAAUCCCCAAACGAAGAACAUCAUCCCAGAGCCUCUGAACCUCUCCAGUCGAGAUAAGCCAAGGAGUCCGCUGCACAAGGCAAAUGGUCGCAUCCCAGAGUGCAGGCUGCUGUGGGAUUAUGUGUAUCAGUUGCUUUGUGAUGACCGUUACCAAGAAUACAUUCGAUGGGAAGAUCCGGAUAGCUUGGUUUUCAGGGUGGUGGACCCCAAUGGAUUGGCACGUCUCUGGGGAAACCACAAGAACCGAGAAAAUAUGACCUAUGAGAAAAUGUCCCGGGCUUUACGGCAUUACUACAAACUGAACAUUAUCAAAAAAGAAAGAGGACAAAAACUCCUUUUCAGGUUUCUGAAACUCCCUCAAGAUAUCAGGAAACAGCAGGUCGAGGCUCCCAGCCCCCUGGAGCACACUCCACCUCACGAUGGCGACUUCCCAGACUCCAGUCCUACACAAGAGUUCUCUGAAGACCAUUUUGAGGUUUCCCCUGAUCGGACAUCUCCACAGCCUCCUCCGACUGGUGCACCAGUGAGAUAGAAUAAAACCGUGGAUCAUGUAUAGCAACAUGGCUCUUACCGAAUAAAAUAGCAGGUUGUAAUAUAUUUAUCUUGUGGUUUGAGCUUUCAGGGGAGGAAAAAAAUGCAUGUACAGUCUGAAAAAACACAGUUGUGUUGUUUACUGUGAGAUUUUUUUUUUUUUUUUUUGUCUGAAUCAAUGUGUGUAUAACUGUGAUCUGGGUAAACACUAAUAUUAAGAGUGAGGAAAACUGUGAAAUGAAUCACAGAAUUAUCCAGCCAGCAAAAUAAUCUUCAAGACUUAAAAUUAUCUGCUUUGUUCAAUAUAAUCACGUAACAGAUGAGACUUAUUUUUAUAAACUUUACAGGUCUUGCAGCUAUGGGUUGGAAAUGACAGUCCAAUAACAGGUUAAUAAGAGUUUAAUAACAGAAAGGAUACAUAAGAGAGGAUAAAUAACUGUUUUUGUUUUGAAUGCUGGUUAAUAUGCAAGCUUAUUUCCACCACUGGAAAACAAUUGCCAUCAAUAAGUCAAAAUGUCAGGUUAUUAUCUCCCAUUUUUUGGUACGGUAUCUGAAAAUUUCAGCUUACUCAGAAGUAAUACCUUAAAAUCUUCAGCGUAGUUCAGAAUGGGAUUUUUACAAAUUGUUAUUAUUUUUCAGUGGUGGAAAGCAGCUUUUUCUACCCGUAGGUUAAGUAUUUGGUGUUUCAUUGUGUGUGUGUGUGAAACGUUUGCAUUGAACUUGCUUUGGAAAAAUAAAUAUUUUAUAACGCGUAUAAA